CCGUCCGGGGACGCGGAGUCUCGAGGGGACGCGGCGGUUUAUUGCUACCAGGCGGAGGCCGGGGAGUGGCGCGAGCUGACGCGGCUGCCCGAGGGCGCGCCGGCGCGCGGCUGCGGUCUCUGCGUGCUCUUCAACUACCUCUUCGUGGCGGGCGGUGUGGCUCCCGCGGGUCCCGACGGCCGCGCGCGCCCCUCGGACCAGGUGUUUUGCUACAACCCGGCCACCGACAGCUGGAGUACCGUGCGACCGCUGCGCCAGGCGCGCUCGCAGGUGCAGCUGCUGGCCCUGGACGGACACCUGUACGCAGUGGGCGGCGAGUGCCUGCUCAGCGUGGAGCGCUAUGACCCGCGAGCAGACCGCUGGACCGCGGUGGCCCCGCUGCCCCGGGGCGCCUUCGCAGUGGCCCACGAGGCUGCCACUUGUAAUGGCGAGAUCUACGUGUCCGGGGGCUCGCUCUUCUACCGCCUGCUCAAGUACGACCCCCGACGUGAUGAGUGGCAGGAGUGUCCCUGCAGCAGCAGUCGAGAGCGCUCUGCUGACAUGGUGGCCCUGGACGGCUUCCUCUAUCGCUUUGACCUGUGCGGGAGCCGCGGUGACGCUCAGGCUGCAGUGGGUUCAGGUGGCGGGGUCAGCGUCUUCCGCUACCAUUGCCUGGCCAAGCAAUGGAGCCAGUGUGCCGUGCACCUGCGGCCCCCGGGCGCGCCAUCAGGCCUGCAGCCCUUCCGCUGCGCCGCCCUGGACGGUACCAUCUACUGUGUCAGCCGCGCGGGGACCUGGCGCUACGUGCCUUCUCAGGACACUGAGCCUGGCAGCGAAACGGGACCUGGUGGCAGCUUUGAGCCCGAACCCCUGGGAUCCCCUCUGGAUGUACGGGGCGUACUGUUUCCAUUUGUACUCAACCUGCCUGAGAAACCGGACCGCGGGGAGCAGGGAUCAGCAGCCUAGGGCAGGAUCAGCUGUACAAUUCCACUGUCCAGCAGCUGGGGCGGGGGCGCAAGAGAGUGGGCUGGGGAACCCCCCAGUGGGGAGGGAGGGCAAAGAGGGUGCAGGAAAGGAGGGAGCUAUAGAUAGGGCAGGCUGCUGGCCACAGCGCAUCAUGCAAAUGCUUUUGAGAGUAGAAGCUUCGCUGGUUCCGAAGACAUUCUUGCAAUGCUGUUUUAAGACCUGCUUUGCAGUGCUGGAUUCUCCCGUUGCUUCACUUGCUUAGUGGGGUCCAUGGCAUAAAGUUUGGGAUGAAUCAGAUAAUCCGAUGCCUAAGGGAAGAGGUAGAGGCCACCGAUGAAAUCAGGGGUGGGCAUGAGGUGUAAUGAGGAGCCUGCCCAGUCCCUGCUGCAAGGCUCUCAAGCCUGAAUGGGAUCCUAAAGUAGACCAGACGUCAACGCAAACUGCCGAGGGAAGAUCACAUUCCGCACUGAGGUUUAAAACCGUAACUUAUAAGAUCUACAUGACCUGAAAAGUUCUCUGUGUGAGACAUAACUUCAAGAGUAGUGUACUAAGUACUGAAGGUGAAACUUUGUUGACCAGCAUGGUUUCUAGUCCCAAGCGUACUGUGUCAAACCACAGACACACAAUCAGGCCUGUGUCUCAGAGCCGAGGCAUCCUUCGAGGCAACUGUGGAGAGGAUGUUAUUAGUGAGAGUGAUCAUCCGUCCUUGCUUAGAUUUGAAGCCUUUGGUGAUGAAAUGUUGUCAGGAAGCAUGCUGAGCAGGAAAGCAUGACCAGCAAGGGAGUCUUCCUAUUAAAAAGAACCUAGGAUCCAGGCUCUGCGCAUGUUCACCCACUUCCCCGGUUUAGACUAAGCAAGGGCAAGCUUCCCCACUCUAAGACAAGUUAAAAUCACAUGUUGACAGUUGCACGCUUUGGGCUCUCUACUUGGUUAUGUUUUGAAUGUGUCUUCUGUGAUUCUGAUGAGGGAGAUGAACCAUCUCCCUGGAAGGUGUGGAGGAGUGGUACCCUAAGGUGUAGGGCAAGGAGAAGCACAUGUGCUUUGAAUGUAGUUUAGCAAGUGUCGUUUACCUAACUUCUAAAAUACCCUAAUAGAAGUGAAAGGAAACUCAUACGUAGAUAAGGUUGCAAGGACCCAAACCAAAUCAGUUCAUGUUCCUCUCAUGUGUUAGGAUGCUGUACAUUUUGAGCGUAUACAGACAAGGCUUCCUAUUUAUUAAGACGUUAAGGACCAAAUGCAUGUUCCCAAAUAACUGGUUGAGAUUCCACAUCUGGCCCGUUGUUUUAUUGCAAGAGGGUCCCUACACAUUGAGAGUUUCUGGAGCGUAAUUAGAGGAAGCUCUGCAUGUACCAUGUCAUCCCCGUAGAAGUCGGUGCUUAGCUGGGGAUUGGUUAGGCUUUAGAGCUCUGAAAGGUCAUAGUGAGGAGUGUUUAGAAACAACCAGUUUGGUUAUUCUGCAUGACCCAGAGGAAUGGAGUUUACGGUUUCUGUUUAGAUGUUCCAGCGCUUUGUGCUUGCUCGUGAUUACUCAUAAACCAAGAGGAUGUCUUGGCAACUUGGUUAAUCAUCUUAGGAAAGAAAAACAGACUUCUUAUGCCUGGUUUUAUUGGUCUUUCUUAGGAGUGUCCUGGAGGAAGGGGAGCAAAGUGAAACAAUGUUACUCUUUAAACAAUGUUUAGAGAGAUGUACCUUUUAUGUUGUAGCUCUUUUUUUUUUUUAAAUGAAAUUGGUCUCUAUUUUCUUUCCUUCAGUACCAAACUUAUACAAUGCCAUUAUGUGGUUUUUGCCUGAGAAGUCAUUCCUCUGACGUUCCCUUUUGAAAUUUGGCCCCUUGAGUAGCAUGUCCCUGGAGAGGACAGAUGCACAUCAGAGGAGUCUUCCUGUGGGGACUAGCAUGCUGUUGUGCCCACGGAACACAAACAAAACCCAAGGAAGUCAAAAGAGUAAAUGUAUUAAUCUGUGAACCGUGAAAGAAAAAUUAGUUCAUUAAUCAUGAAUAGAUGUGUGGCCAAGCUGUUUUUGAGAGCAUAUAAAAUAUUUUAUAUCCUGUUUCUAAAUAGUGCCCCUUAUGAAACAAAUACUGCAGGCCCUGGCAUGUCUUAGCAACCAUGGGUUUUGUUCUUGGGCUCUGGGAGAUUUACUACCUAUCUGUCUUAGAUUCAUUUCAUGUUGACAUAAGCAACUUACGGGAGAGAGGGUUUAUUGUAGCUCAAAGUUCAGGUUACAGUCCCUCAAGCUGUGGCAGUCACAGGCCACGACCUUGAGGGAACAGGUGAUAUUGAUCUGCAGUCAAGAGACAGCCUUGAAUGCGCGUUACCAGCCAACUCCUUUUUCUACAUUGUGUACAUUCCCAGGACCCAGGCAGGAAAUGGUGUGGCCCACAGUGGACAGCUCUUUCCAUUUCAAUGAAUGCAAUCAAGGUUAACUCCUGACAGGCGUGCUUAGAGGCCCACCUUCUGGGUGAUUCUAGGUCCUAUCAGUUAGCAUUAACCUUAAUGCCUCCCACCCCCAACAAACAGAUGUGAACUCUGAAAGGUAUUGGUUUGGUAGUGAGGGGAGCAGGCAUCGCUGAGAUGUGCCUCCAGGGUGUGAACCAGGGUAAGUCCUUUCAUGUUCUACAUGCUGGUCACAUUCUGUCCCAAAGUCCACCUAGGAGGGUGGUUGGUGUGAGCACAGAUCUGACUAUCAGUUACAAGAAUAUGUUUGUGACACCCAUUUAUAAUCUCAGGACAGUAACCCUUGCACACUGACGCCCUGGGCGUUUGAAAGAACAGUGCUGCUUUAAGGGGAAAAUGAUCGACACACAAAAGAUUGACCUUUUGUUUGGCUGAUGGGUAAUUACAUUUGUGUUGCCAGGGUUCAUUUGGGAUCCUAGGCAACGAACUAAUGUUUCUCGGUUUUCUUUCUGUUUUGUACUUUGGCAUGGGACAAGCCCCACCUCUACUGCAGACUCUUGGCAGCUCUGCGGACUUGGAGUGCAGUGCUUUGGCUUCUAGAGAAAGGAUGGCAGGAGUUUCUGUAAUUCUAAGAAAAACGAACAUUGUGGAAAUUUGGUUGGCUGCUUAGUUUAAUUUCUUACCUGUGCUGGCUUUGCUAUUUCGACAAAACGCAAUGACCAGUGAUCUCUAGUAAUCCUGGUGAUGACUGUGCGAACCCUCAGCAAACUGUCCAAUGUUGAAAUCGAAUGCCUUUGAGGUGGUCUGCAGAAGUCAAGGUGAGGCGGGAUGUGAGCAUCUGGGAUGUCUUCGUGGGUGAUGGGAGCCCAAGCGUGCUUUAGCUUUGUGCCUCGGUUUAGUGCCUUCCCCAGGUUACAGUUUUCAUCUUGACUCUCAAACAAUACCACUGUCCCCUUUUAUUUUAUUUUAUUUUAUUUUUUGAUAUCGUUCACAAGGACGUAAUGACCCCAGCUAAAGGUGGAACCGUGCCAACACUUCAGCUGCAUCUGCACUUAUCCAAGCGACUUUGUCAUCCAUGUUCUGUCCACACCCGUGAAGAGGAGACUGUCCUGGCAGCAGCUUCACGUGGCUCUGUGGACAGGUUUGGGUUGAAGUAAAAGUCUAGGUGUAUUCUGAUGUGAGACUGCAGUGCACCCCCGCCCUCGUGCUCGGUAAAUCGCCCAACAGUACCUACUAACUAGCACGCACAUGCUGCCAUUUGGUAAAGAGCUGCCCCUGUUUAAGGGGAGGUCAGGCCAGCCGUUACUGGUUGUGUAGUUACUGUGCUAACGCUUGAGUUUUCUCCUAGGCAUAAAUGAUGUCAAACCCCUUUAUGUCUGUCACCUGCGCCAAGAUGAAAUAAACCAUGUGCCAGUGCUUCUGAAA